GUCAAAGGGUAAAGGCGAUCACAAGUUAGCAGAGUUUCUUUUUGUUUCGCUAGUUCAUCCAGUUUUCUUGUUUUCCAUAGCUUUAGAUCAAGUCAGGUCUUCAGAAAUGGGCUGAUUUAUGAAGGGAACGGUACCAGUAAAUUGUUUAAGUUCAUAGAUAGGGUGCUGUAGACAGAAUUUGAAGACAAACGCGACUUGAAACCCAAGUUGAAAACCGUGAUGGGGAGGGGUAAACAACAGAACGGUCCCACCCAGACCGCUGCUGCUGCUAACGGCGGCAGGACCCUGACGAAGGCGCGGCACCAGGGCGGAGGGACGCCCGCGGAGCUCGGUCUUCACGUGUGGGGCGUUUUUGCUGCUGUUGUGGCGCUAACUCUUGGCACAAGAUUCUACAAACUAGAGGAGCCUGAUCAUAUAUGUUGGGAUGAAACUCAUUUUGGAAAGAUGGGCAGCUACUACAUCAAUAGGACAUUCUUCUUCGAUGUUCAUCCUCCUUUGGGGAAGAUGUUGAUAGGACUUGCCGGGCACCUGACUGGUUAUGAUGGUGCUUUUCCUUUUGAGAAGCCUGGAGACAAAUAUGGAGACACCAAAUAUGUCGGCAUGAGAAGUUUCUGUGUGAGUCUGGGCUCCACUGUGGUUCCCCUGGCCUUCCUGACAGUAUGGGAGCUGACAUGGUCUCUACCUGCUGCUACUCUGGCUGCUGCUUUGCUGCUUUUAGACACAGGUUGCCUUACCCUGUCCCAGUAUAUCCUCCUGGAUCCCAUCAUGCUUUGCUUCAUCAUGGGGGCAGUCUUCUGUCAGUCCAAAUUUGACUCUGUCAGUAACAGACCAUUCUCCGUGUGGUGGUGGGUGUGGAUGUGUGGAGCGGGCUGUUUCAUUGCCCUGGCCUUCAGUGUGAAGUUUGUGGGACUCUUCAUCAUCCUGUGGGUGGGGCUGAAGACAGUCAGCGACCUCUGGGACCUGCUGGGGGACCUGACCUUACCGCUGCUUGUCAUUUUCAAACACUUCUUGGCGAGAACCGUGUGCCUUAUAGUCCUGCCAGCAGCCAUCUAUAUCACCUGCUUUGCCAUUCAUUUCCACACACUGUACAAAAGUGGCUCAGGUGAUGGUUUCAUGAGCUCAGCCUUUCAGUCUACACUAGAAGGGAACAAGCUGUACCAGGCAAAUAUGCCGGAAGACAUAGCGUAUGGUUCCACCAUCACCCUGAAGAACUACCGGCCUGCGGGUGGCCUGCUCCACUCACACUGGCACCUGUACCCAGAAGGCCUAGGGGCACAGCAGCAGCAGAUAACAGCUUACACACAUAAGGAUGACAACAACCUUUGGAUUAUCAAGAGAUAUGACAGAAACCCAAUUGCUGAGGAUCCUGUACAGUUUGUAAAGAACGGUGACCUUGUUCGACUGGAACAUGUAGCGACUCAGAGAAAUCUCCACACACACCAAGAACCUGCACCCAUCACCAAGAGACAUUUCCAAGUCACUGGGUAUGGAGAGAAUGGAACAGGGGACAUAAAUGACAUCUGGAAAGUGGAGGUGGUAGGAGGGGCAGAGAAGAGCCGGAUCAAGACGGUCAGGUCCAAGGUCAGGUUCAUCCACUACAUGACAGGCUGUGCCCUCCACUCACACUCCAAGACUCUCCCCAAAUGGGGCUGGGAACAGCUGGAAGUGACCUGUAACCCCUUCACCAGGGACAAGAACAACCUGUGGAACAUAGAGGAUCACAUCAACAAUCAGUUACCCAACGGUACCUUUGCGGUGUACCAGCCGUCAUUCCUGGGUAAGCUGCUGGAGUCACACGCAGUCAUGGUACAGGGAAACAGUGGACUGAAGGCAAAAGAAGGGGAGGUUACAUCACAACCUUGGCAGUGGCCUCUCAACUACAGGGGACAGCGAUUUUCAGGUGUGAAUGCAACAGACUACAAAGUGUACCUCCUAGGAAAUCCUGUUAUCUGGUGGGGUAACCUAGCCUCGCUGGCAGGGGCUAUGCUGGUGUUUCUAGUGGAGGCUGUCAGGACACAGAGGGGGUUUGUGGACCCUCCACCCCUGGCAGAAAAGAAGUGCAGUACACUGUCAGCAGCGCGGUGGAUGGCUAUGGGCUGGGCCCUGCACUACCUGCCAUUCUACUUCAUGGGAAGGGUUCUGUACUUCCACCACUACUUCCCAGCCAUGCUCUUCCAGUCCAUGCUCACAGCUAUCAUGUAUGACUACUUUCUGCUAGUUGUGGAGCAUAAGACACAACCCAGAAUCCACAGAAGAAUACAUCAAUGGGGGACAGCUUUUAUUUUUGUUAUCAUAUUGUACAGCUUCUACCUGUUCCACCCCUUGUCCUAUGGCAUGUUCGGUCCCCUGGCAGACAACGAAACCAGUCCCAUGUAUGGGCUGAAGUGGAUGGAAUCAUGGGAAAUAUGACAAUGGAAUUAUGGGAAAUAUAACAAAGGAAUCAUGGGAAAUACAACAAUGGAAUCAUGGGAAAUAUAAUAACUUUAAUAAUCAGUGAAUUUUAUGAAGCCUGAACUGUCAGCAGAUACUGAUAAUGAUGAGGAUGUAUGUGUAACUUAUUUUUCUGACAGAAAAGUGUAACAGUUAGAAUAUAAAUGUUUCCAUAAGAAUUUGUUGCAUAUGAGGUAUGUGUAUAAAUCAACAUUCAUCAUAGUACACUUGUUAUUCAUAUCAAGACUGGUUUGGACAAAAGAAAUACUGUCUUCAGAUCUAUAUGUUAGAAGCAUGACACAUGGUUCUACUUAUCUCAUGUAUAGGCUCCAGCCAUAUAAUGUAGAAAUUGAAAGCAAUGAUAUUUUUGAAAAGAGCAUUUUCAGUGGGUUCAUUCUGGUAACUUUCCUUGUAGCUGUACGAAAAAAUAUUUUAAAAGUGUCUGUAUGAAAUCCUCACAAUGUGCAUGGCAAGGCCAACUAUAACAAAACUGUUUUAAUGCAAUAUAACUGCCCUAUCUACAUGUAAGAUAUAGUUUUGAAAGUAGAGGCAAGUAGCAUUAGCUAGUAUCAAUUUGACUUCUUUAAUUAAAGUUUAGCUUUAUUUAUUUAGCUCUGGUGCUGAAGGCUCUCAUAUUGCAAUAAACAAAGUAGCAAUGGACUAACUAGUACUAGCUUUCCUAGAAUUGUAAUUAAAAGGUCUGUAUUUUUUAUACAUAUUCAUGAACCUUUAUCAGGAUGUAACAAAUGAAAAUGAUUUACUGUCAUUUAUAGUGACUAUGUUUGACAAUCAUGUACUGAAGGAAAGACCUAUCGUGACAGUUGGUACUAGUAUUGGAUUUUCUAUAAUGUAUGCACCAACUAACAUAGAGUCAUAUUCUAUGCCCUUCAUAUGUUUUACACAGAAUAAGUGGCCAAACAAUAAACUUAACAUUACAUUCAAAAAAA